GCCUCGCCAUAAUUGUUGUGAUUAACCUCCGUCGUCCUUCUCUCUGCUCUGCUCUCUCCUCCACCUCUUCCUCGUAUUGAAGCAUCGAUUACCGAGCGAUGAUGCCGCCACCCACGUGACCAUACUUCGCCAAUCCGCAACCAUCACCGUCCCCAUCUCCUCUUCCUUCUCGGAUCAAUCAUUUGCGACACUUGAAGCAGGAUUUGGUCACUCCUCACAUUUGCUCUGUUUCUCUCUCGACCCGAUUUUUGGUUCAUUCCAGAUUGCCCAAAACAAGACUGCGGACAUGCUCAUUGCUGCCGGAAACGCGGGAGGCUGAGGCGGGACGGAGUGCCGCUGGGGGAUGGGAUUUCUCGAGUCCUUUGUGGAUUCGAAUGCGAGAAGGUUCCUCAAACGUAAAGACAGCGACGCAGGCGAAGCAGGAAGAGCCCUGGAGGAGCUUAGGAGUUCUCUGCACAAUGAGCUUCGGACAUCUGACGGCGCCAAGCGCCAGCAGCAAAGGUUCUGUGGGCCGGUUGUUGCUAUGUCCUUCAACUUCCUUGUUUCAGUGGGCAUCAUACUCAUUAACAAAUCGGUGAUGGGAAAAGUCGGGUUCAACUUCCCGAUAUUCCUGACACUGAUUCACUAUGCCGUAGCUUGGGUGCUGAUGGCCGUGUUCAAGACGCUUUCGUUGCUUCCCGUGUCACCUCCAUCCAAAACGACGCCCUUCUCUUCGCUCUUCGCACUCGGGGUAGUGAUGUCAUUUGCCACUGGCCUUGCCAACACAAGCCUACAACACAACAGUGUUGGAUUUUAUCAAAUGGCCAAGAUCGCGGUGACCCCGACAAUUGUACUCUCAGAGUUCGUCCUCUUUAGGAAAACAAUUUCUUGUAAAAAGGUUUUGGCCCUUACCUUGGUCUCGCUCGGUGUGGCGGUUGCAACAGUCACAGAUUUGCAGUUCAAUUUCUUUGGGGCUUGCAUUGCUGCUAUUUGGAUAAUUCCGAGUGCCAUUAACAAGAUCCUCUGGUCCAAUUUACAACAGCAAGGCAACUGGACCGCAUUAUCGUUGAUGUGGAAAACUACUCCGAUAACAAUCUUCUUCCUGCUGCCUCUGAUGCCGUGGCUCGACCCACCUGGUGUCUUGUCCUUCAAAUGGGACCAGAGUAACACGAGUGCAGUCCUUAUUUCGGCUCUCCUUGGUUUUCUACUCCAAUGGUCCGGCGCAUUAGCUCUCGGGGCGACUUCCGCAACCUCCCAUGUCGUGUUGGGACAGUUCAAGACGUGCGUGAUACUCCUCGGGGGCUAUGUGUUUUUCAACUCGGACCCAGGAUUCGUGAGCAUCUGCGGGGUCCUCGCCGCUCUUUGUGGCAUGUCCAUCUAUACAUCACUUAACUUGCAGAAGUCGGGCGAGGUUACAGGCAAGCCGAUCCCCAAGCAAAGCCUGCUGGCAAAAGUGAAUGGGGAAGAAAGAAACGACAUGGAAGAGAAACUCCUCAACGCCGGGGUGUGAAAGUCACUGCAUAUCGAGAUUUCUCAUUUUCGUUUUUCUUCUUUUUCCCUCUAAAUUUGUCCAUUCUUUAUGCUUAUAUGGUAAGUUAGGCGUAGCACUACUGUCGGCAUUUAGUUGGAUAACUUAGCAGGUUCGAUCACAUAAAGUGAAGGACUCCUCAAAAUUCCAUAAUGCAUAUUUCUCGUGACCUAAGGAAUUCAGUUAGACUGCGAUGAUUCACAACA